AAGAAACAAAUUAAUAAAUAUGGCUUCAAGUAAUUUUGAUGAUACCAGCCGGCUGUUCAACUUCGUCGUCCAAGACGGUAAUGGCAUCAAAGGGUUGGUGGACUUAGGCCUGACAGAGGUGCCGAAGCCCUAUAUCCAGCCGCCACAAGAGCGAAUAGACGAGAGCUCUCACCACCUCCAGCAUCAGCCGCCUAUUGAUCUGUCCUUGCUGGAUGGGCCUGACCGUGAUCGAGUGGCGCAGCAGAUUGUUAGCGCUGCUGAGACACUUGGGUUCUUCCAAGUUGUGAACCAUGGAGUGCCUUUGGAGUUGUUGGAGUCACUAAAGGAGUCGGCUCAUGCUUUCUUUGGACAGCCACCGGAGAAGAAGGCAGUUUAUCGGAAAGAUGUGAGUCCGAGUCCCUUGGUCACGUACGGAACGAGCUUUGUACCGGAGAAAGAGAAGGCGUUGGAGUGGAAGGAUUACGUCAGCAUGAAGUACACUAAUGAUACUGACGCUCUUCAAUAUUGGCCCAAUGAAUGCAGGAAAGUGGCACUUGAAUACGUCAAGACAUCCACCAAUAUGGUUAGGAAAUUAAUGGAAAUUUUAAUGGGACAUCUUGGAGCUAAACUAGAUGAUUCAAUGAUUGAUACAUUAAUUGGCUCCAAGAUGGUGAACAUGAACUUUUAUCCAUCAUGUCCUAAUCCAAAACUCACAGUCGGUGUGGGACGCCAUUCCGAUAUGGGAACACUUACUGUGUUACUUCAAGAUGGGAUAGGUGGCUUAUACGUUAAAGUUGAAGAAGAUGUAGAUUUUGCUACCAAGGGAGAGUGGGUAGAGAUUCCUCCUCUCCCCGGUGCUUUAGUCAUCAACGUUGGUGACACAUUACAGAUAUUGAGCAAUGGGAAGUACAAAAGUGCCGAACAUAGGGUUCGAACCACGAGCGCGAGUUCAAGGGUCUCCAUACCAGUAUUUACGAUGCCGAAGCUAACGGUGAAAAUUGCACCAUUGCCUGAAAUGAUAGAGAAGCAUGGAAUGGCUCGCUACCGGGAGGUUGUGUUUGCAGAUUACAUGAGGAAUUUCUUUGGAAACGCGCAUGAAGGCAAAAAGUCCCUUGAUUUUGCAGUGAUUAAAGUUUAAUAUAUAUGGACUGAUGAUAUUUAGCUAGUACUUAUGUUUGCAAGUACUGCUGCUAGCACGUUGACCAAGUACUGCUGGUAUGGUAAAGUCCAGAAUUUGAUCAAUAAAGUUGGCGAUGUCUUUUAUUAAACUAAAGAAAGCCUUAGUUUGAUCAUAUUGAUGCAAUAAAGAUGUUGAAUGCAA